AUGCACGCCGUCGCUUCUAUUCUUGCCUUGGCCUCCACGGCCUCGGCUAUCCAGGGAUUCAACUAUGGCUCUACCUUUACUACAGGUGCUGCCAAACUACAAUCUGACUUCGAAAACGAGUUCACCACCGCUCAGAACCUAAAGGGUACUUCUGGUUGGACCAGCGCUCGUCUCUACACUAUGGUGCAAGGCGGAACUGCUUCUGACCCGAUCUCUGCCAUUCCUGCAGCUAUCAAGACAAAGACCUCCCUCCUUCUCGGUCUUUGGGCGUCCGGGGGCGAUACUUCAUUCGCUAACGAACUUCUCGCCUUGAAGGCCGCUAUCAAGCAGUACGGAAGUGAUUUCACCAAGAUCGUAGAUGGUAUUUCUGUCGGUAGCGAAGAUCUGUACCGAAACUCGCCAAUGGGAAUCGCGGCUGGCUCCAACGUUGGCACCGGUCCCGAUACCAUCGCUCGCUACAUCAAGGAGACGAAGGAUGCCAUCUCCGGCACCGGCUUGGAGGGAACCCCUAUCGGUCACGUUGAUACCUGGACUGCUUGGUAUAACGGUUCCAACCAGGCUGUUAUUGAUGCUUGUGACUGGGUUGGUAUGGAUGCUUAUCCUUACUUCCAGGACACGGUGACCAAUGACAUCUCCAAGUCCAAAUCUCUGUUCCAGGAGGCCUUAGACAAGACUCAGCAAGCUGCUGGUGGAAAGUCGGUCUGGAUUACCGAGACUGGUCACCCGGUCAGCGGAAAGACUGUUGGAGAGUCUGUCGCAUCGACUGACAACGCCGAGACAUUCUGGAAGGAUGUUGUUUGCCCUCUGCUCUCGAGCAAAACGAACCUCUGGUACUACACCCUACAGGAUGCCGCCCCCGAUACUCCCAGCCCCAGCUUUGGUAUCGUCGGUAACAAGCUCACCACCACACCUCUCUUCGACCUAAGCUGCGACAAGUCCAACUCUGGUUCCUCUUCCUCUUCCGCCAGCCCCUCAUCUACCGGUAAGGGUGGCUCAUCCUCGACUGCUUCCGGAUCCGGUUCUUCGGCUACUAGCUCUGUUGGAAACUCCGGUGGCAGCCCGGGGGGUGUGCCUAGUGGCCAGAUCUCCAGCGAGGAGUCUGCUACCGUGACGCCUACGGCUAUUGGCCCGGUCGCGACUGGUACAGGCUCCAGUGGUUCUGGUUCAGGUGCUAAUGGCACCUUCACUGUGCCGCCGGCCGCCACCUCUACCAUUCCCGCUAGUGGCGCCUAUGGUCUGCAGUCCGGCGCUUUCGCCGCUGCUUUCGGAGCUAUCAUGGCCGCUAUCUAUGCACUAUAAGCGGAGACGGCCCAACAAAUUUUUAUUAUAGGGCUGGUAUGACGAUCGGCGUUAUAAAACGGUCACGCUGGUAUUAAAGGACGGGUUGGUUGUACUUUAAAGGCAUAGGAGGAAGCGAUGCUUGAACCAGGGAUACUCGGACAUAGACGUUUUUACGAACAAAAUAAAUCCCUUGGGAGGGGAGGACAAACCGGUACCAGAUCCCGGCACCACCUUAAACUUUUUAAUGUUCUCUCGAUAAAAGCAGAGGAGGCUAAUC